GAUGACGACUGGAGUGCGCUGGAACUUGUGCUGCGCAUCGCUCAUCUGCAGUUCGAUCGAAUUUCGUCUGCGAUCUCGUUGGCUGAUUUGCUGCAGUUGUCAAUUCUGACCGACAAGUAUCAGGCAACUGGAAUCGUCCGACCCUGGGUAUCAGGAUGGAUCCAGACUUCGUGGGACAAAUCGACAGCGGCACAGAAAGUUCAGCACAUAUGGAUCGCUUGGGAGUAUGGCCUGAUAACGGAUUUCGAGAAGCUUGUAUCCACUUUGGUACUGGAGGCUCAGACGAACGAAUAUGGCACUGCACUCUUUCAUGAAGGCAAAGCUCUAGAAGACCGGGUG